GCGCGGGCUGGCGGACCUUGGGGCCGCGGAAAGAUGGCUACCGCCAGACGGACGGCAACGGGAUGUGGAGAAAUUAGGAGUGUCGGGCUUUCGAAGCAGCAGAGUAGCGAGAUGAGAGGGAGGGAGGUCGACGUGCUUCGGUGUAGCAGCAAGACCUAUAGUAAACUUGGAAGAGCCGUAGAAGUGAUGAGGUAGAGACCGGAGCGGUCCCAGCCGUGCAAAAGUUGGACCAAGGGUUUAAUACGAACCGAAAAGUGUUAAGAUGGCAGUGUAGAGGAAGAGUUUGAGACUAGGGAAUUAUUUUAGCUUCUCUGAGUAAGCAAGGAAGAAACAGGGUUUAGAAGUUGAGAAAGUUAGACUAGAUAUGCUUUUCUAGGAAAGAAUGCAGUGGCUUUGUUGGUUGGUGUCCAAAGUGAGAUGGCAUUUAUGUUAAGUUAAUCAAGAUAGGGUUUCCUGGGGAAAGCCUCGUGCUUGCAUCUUCUUGGUUUCCUGUCAGCCACUUUAGGUCAGUGUAUCAUAGGUUCACUUUCCUUAAUUUAAGAAGGUUGUGAGGAAGCGGCCGAGAAUGGUGACCAGAUGUUGGAGUCAAACCUACAGACCUCAUGUCCUGGGCCAAGACUGCCCCCGAGGCUCGUCGUAUUGCUGGAUAUGACAGUGAUUUUGCUCUGAUUUCCCCCUUUGACCAAAACAGGACUCAUGAACCCUAAUUAGACCAGUUUCAUUUAAUGGAGGCCCAGCUGCCGGCCAAUUAUUACUGAUAUUAAUUAAGAAGUACUUAGUAGGCUAGGGAUAUAGUUCAGUUGAUAUGGUGAGGGUCACUUGCAUGAAGCCCUGGGUUGAUCUCCAGCCUUUGUAAGCCCCAGCCAUCUGUAAUUUCUGCACUUGGAACCGAAUUAGGAUCAGAAAAUAUUCAUGGCCAUCCUAGGCUACAUAUCAAAAUCGACACCAGCUUAGGAUAUAUCAAGUGUGGUUUUGCAAGUCGUUCAUACCAGCACUCAGGAGGCAGACGCUAACAAGAUCUCUGAGUUCAAAUUCUGCCAGAUAUGCUUAGCAAGUCUAGCCCAGCCAGGGUUACAUAAUAGAACCUUGUCUCAAUAAAAGAAAGAGAGAAAGAAAAGGGCUGGGGCAGCGUAACACCCUUUGAAUCUCAGUGUUUGGAAGGCAUAGGCAGGUGGAUCUCUGUGAGUUCCAGGCCAGCCUAGUCUACAAAAUCAAUUUCAAAACAGCCAGGGCGACAUAGAGAAACCCUGUCUCAAACCCAAAAGAAAAGGAACAGUGUAGUUAUUUCCUGCUUAAUAAAUCCAGUGGUGCUGGGAUGGACACACUUCCCUUGUGCUGUUUUACAACUUUGUGAAAAAUUUGGCCAGGCAUGUGAGAGACAUUUGUGGGACCACAUCCUGAUCUCUAGAACUUGUUAGUGUUUGCUACCAGUUAUCUGUAAAAUCCUGGGAAGCUAAAUUACUGCCCUUGUGACACUCCUAGUCUAGAUGGGGAGAGAAGAUGAGCUGUUAACUAAAACAACCAUGUAAACUAAAGCUUUAUUUUGUUUGCUUGUGAAGCACUCAGGAUGGCACAGCUGCGCAUGUUAGAUGGCAGCAGAGAUGAACUGUGGCAGUAUUUAUCAGCCACACACUUGUCACCUGUCGUGAACUGUGGCUCAGACCAGAAGGUCUUCAUGGAGCCUUGUUUGAGAUGCCCCAUCCCCGAAGGUACCAUUCCUCAGAGCGAGGUAGCCGGGGGAGUUACCAUGAACACUAUCGGAGCCGAAAGCAUAAGCGAAGAAGAAGUCGCUCCUGGUCAAGUAGCAGUGACCGGACAAGGCGGCGGCGGAGGGAGGACAGCUACCACGUUCGGUCCCGAAGCAGCUAUGAUGAUCAUUCAUCCGAUCGGCGGCUGUACGAUCGUCGAUACUGUGGCAGCUACAGGCGCAAUGACUACAGCCGGGACAGAGGAGAGGCCUACUAUGACACAGACUUUCGGCAUUCCUAUGAAUACCAUCGAGAGAACAGCAGUUACCGAAGCCAGCGCAGCAGCCGAAGGAAACACAGAAGGCGGAGAAGACGUAGCCGGACAUUCAGCCGCUCAUCUUCACAGCACAGCAGCCGGAGAGCCAAGAGUGUAGAGGACGACGCUGAGGGCCACCUCAUCUACCACGUCGGGGACUGGCUACAAGAGCGAUAUGAAAUUGUAAGCACCUUAGGAGAAGGGACCUUCGGCCGAGUUGUGCAGUGUGUGGACCAUCGCAGGGGUGGAGCACGAGUUGCCCUGAAGAUCAUUAAGAAUGUGGAGAAGUACAAGGAAGCAGCCCGACUAGAAAUCAACGUGCUGGAGAAAAUCAAUGAGAAAGAUCCUGACAACAAGAACCUCUGUGUCCAGAUGUUUGACUGGUUUGACUACCAUGGCCACAUGUGUAUCUCCUUUGAGCUUCUGGGCCUUAGCACCUUCGAUUUCCUCAAAGACAACAACUACCUGCCCUACCCCAUCCACCAAGUGCGCCACAUGGCCUUCCAGCUCUGCCAGGCCGUCAAGUUCCUCCAUGAUAACAAGUUGACACAUACGGACCUCAAACCUGAAAAUAUUCUGUUUGUGAAUUCAGACUACGAACUCACCUACAACCUAGAGAAGAAGCGAGAUGAGCGCAGUGUGAAGAGCACAGCCGUGCGGGUGGUGGACUUCGGCAGUGCCACCUUUGACCAUGAACACCAUAGCACCAUUGUCUCCACUCGCCAUUACCGAGCCCCCGAGGUCAUCCUGGAGUUGGGCUGGUCACAGCCAUGCGAUGUAUGGAGCAUAGGCUGCAUCAUCUUUGAGUACUACGUUGGCUUCACCCUCUUCCAGACCCAUGACAACAGAGAGCAUCUAGCCAUGAUGGAAAGGAUCCUGGGUCCUGUCCCUUCUCGGAUGAUCAGAAAAACAAGAAAACAGAAAUAUUUUUAUCGAGGUCGCCUGGAUUGGGAUGAGAACACCUCAGCCGGGCGCUACGUUCGUGAGAACUGCAAACCUCUGCGGCGGUAUCUGACCUCAGAGGCAGAGGACCACCACCAGCUCUUCGAUCUGAUUGAAAAUAUGCUAGAGUAUGAGCCUGCUAAGCGGCUGACCUUAGGUGAAGCCCUUCAGCAUCCUUUCUUCGCCUGCCUUCGGACUGAGCCACCCAACACCAAGUUGUGGGACUCCAGUCGGGAUAUCAGUCGGUGACAAUCAGGCUUUGGGCCCCCUGCUCCUUGUGUAGCAGUGGGUGUCCAAUCCAGGACACUGGUGCUUUUUUAUACAAAAGAACAGAGCCAGAACUCGCCCUCUCUCCAGCCCCUGGCUCCUUUGUACCUGUGAAUAUGUGGAAUAGUGUAAAUAUGACAGAACUUGUACCUAUCGAUUCAACCCCUGACAUGUAUAUACUAGUAUUUACCCUCUCCCAACCUCAUCUGCCCCUCAUGUGGAGGCAGAUGGGGGGCAGAAUGACGUAACCAGGUGGUGUCUACCCCAUGUUUUAUAAGGGAUUUUGUACAGUCUUUGUGAAAUAAAAUGACAUGCUUCAUCUGACCCCCCCCCAA